AUGUUUUUAAAAAUUUUAAUUUUGCUUUUAAUUAUAAACAAUAUUAUUGCUGAAGAUUCUAAUAGCGAAGACAGUAGCAAUGAAAAUUCUAAUAAUAAGUUAAGUGAUGAGUUUUCCGACUCUGUUGAUGUUCGAGAGGUAAAGAAUAACUGA